CAAGUUAAAGGUUCAUCACUCAGAGCUAGGUAGUACUCUGAGUAUGAAGUCACAGAUACUCCUACGUCGAACGUAUAGCACAACCAUCCCUCCUCCCACAGCAAAUGUUAGAAUCACUCAUCUCUCUCGUAUCGGCAAGAUUCAUGAAGCUCGGAAGCUUUUCGAUUCAUGUGACUCGAAAUCAAUCUCUUCCUGGAACUCUAUGGUUGCUGGGUACUUUGCGAAUCUAAUGCCCCGAGAUGCACGGAAACUGUUCGAUGAAAUGCCUGACAGAAACAUCAUCUCUUGGAAUGGUUUGGUGUCCGGGUAUAUGAAGAACGGGGAGAUUGACGAAGCUAGGAAAGUGUUUGAUUUAAUGCCUGAGAGGAAUGUUGUCUCAUGGACGGCGUUGGUGAAAGGGUAUGUGCACAAUGGUAAGGUUGAUGUGGCAGAGUCGUUGUUUUGGAAAAUGCCUGAGAAGAAUAAGGUUUCUUGGACUGUGAUGCUUAUUGGGUUUUUGCAAGAUGGGCGAAUCGAUGAUGCGUGUAAGCUGUAUGAAAUGAUACCGGAUAAAGAUAAUAUUGCAAGGACUAGUAUGAUUCAUGGAUUGUGCAAAGAAGGAAGAGUGGAUGAGGCAAGAGAGAUUUUUGAUGAGAUGUCAGAGAGAAGUGUGAUUACUUGGACUACAAUGGUCACAGGAUAUGGGCAGAACAAUCGUGUGGAUGAUGCUAGGAAGAUUUUUGAUGUGAUGCCAGAGAAAACUGAAGUUUCAUGGACUUCCAUGCUUAUGGGCUAUGUACAGAAUGGGCGAAUUGAGGAUGCUGAAGAACUUUUUGAAGUUAUGCCAGUGAAGCCAGUUAUUGCGUGUAAUGCUAUGAUUUCCGGGCUUGGACAGAAAGGAGAGAUAGCAAAAGCAAGAAGGGUUUUUGAUUCAAUGAAGGAGAGAAAUGAUGCAUCUUGGCAAACGGUGAUCAAAAUUCACGAAAGAAACGGUUUUGAAUUGGAGGCUCUUGAUUUAUUUAUUCUGAUGCAGAAACAGGGAGUUAGACCCACUUUUCCAACAUUGAUAAGCAUUCUUUCGGUCUGCGCCAGCUUAGCAAGCCUCCACCAUGGUAAACAGGUCCAUGCUCAGUUGGUUAGAUGUCAAUUUGAUGUUGAUGUGUAUGUUGCGUCUGUUUUAAUGACAAUGUACAUUAAAUGCGGCGAGCUUGUGAAGUCUAAACUAAUAUUUGACAGGUUUCCUUCAAAGGACAUUAUCAUGUGGAAUUCAAUCAUAUCUGGUUAUGCCUCACACGGUCUUGGAGAGGAAGCAUUAAAGGUUUUCUGUGAGAUGCCUUUGUCUGGUAGUACUAAGCCUAACGAAGUCACCUUCGUUGCAACUCUCUCAGCAUGUAGUUACGCUGGGAUGGUUGAGGAAGGGCUUAAGAUCUAUGAAUCUAUGGAAUCAGUUUUUGGGGUUAAGCCAAUCACCGCGCAUUAUGCUUGCAUGGUAGAUAUGCUUGGGCGUGCAGGACGGUUUAAUGAGGCAAUGGAAAUGAUUGAUAGUAUGACUGUCGAACCAGAUGCUGCAGUUUGGGGUUCUCUAUUAGGAGCGUGCAGAACUCACUCGCAGCUGGAUGUGGCAGAAUUUUGUGCGAAGAAACUCAUAGAGAUUGAACCGGAGAAUUCUGGGACUUACAUCUUGCUCUCCAACAUGUAUGCAUCUCAAGGUAGGUGGGCUGACGUUGCAGAACUGAGAAAACUUAUGAAGACUAGGUUGGUAAGAAAAUCACCAGGUUGUAGCUGGACUGAAGUCGAGAACAAGGUGCAUGCAUUCACUCGUGGGGGUAUUAAUAGCCAUCCCGAGCAGGAAUCUAUUUUGAAGAUACUGGAUGAAUUGGAUGGGUUAUUGAGAGAAGCCGGGUAUAAUCCUGAUUGCAGCUAUGCAUUGCACGAUGUAGACGAGGAAGAGAAAGUCAAUAGCCUGAAAUAUCAUAGCGAGAGACUAGCGGUAGCUUAUGCUCUUUUAAAGCUAUCUGAAGGAAUACCCAUCCGAGUCAUGAAGAACCUUAGAGUUUGUAGUGAUUGCCACACAGCAAUAAAAAUAAUCUCUAAGGUGAAAGAGAGGGAGAUCAUUCUAAGAGAUGCAAACAGAUUCCAUCACUUCAGAAACGGAGAGUGUUCCUGUAAAGAUUACUGGUGAGAUUCAAUAAAUGCCAAGCAGAAUGUUUUUUUUUAAUCUUAGGCUUAGCUAUCAAUCCUCGUUGGAGCGUUGGCAAAAUGGAGUAAUUCUCGCAAACCAUAGGAACUUGCUCAGCCAUUGAUGAGAG